ACUAGCGCUCCUGAGGGUUUAAAAGGACAGUAUCGAGUCGUUUUUGAUCAGCGUUCAUUUGGUGGUGAAUUAGAGAACACCAUUAAAAAAAGUUGGUGUGACUUCUGUGUUGCGCGGGAUUAAGGGACUAGAGGAAUCUGUAUCAAACAACAACAAAAUUAACCAAUCAGCCAUGAAUUCUGUGGUUGUUUUAGCGCUUCUGGUCGCAGUGACUUUAGCUGCUCCUUCACAGCCUGGUAAACGUGCUCCAGCAGCAGUUUCUAAAUAUCCAGCAGGACCCUCCAAAUAUAAUUUUAAUCCGUACACAUCCGAUGGCUCCGAAGAAGAAGAAGACUCAAACAUCCAUAAACAGUUGAACGCUUUCCUAAUCGAAUAUCUUCCCAGGCUGACACAAUCAGCUGUUGCCCCUGGAGCCUAUGCUGGUACAUAUAAUUCUCCACCAACAUUUAUUGCUGGGCCACCUGGACCGGCUGGACCUCAAGGAGAAAAGGGAGACAAAGGAGAAACAGGCUCUCCAGGUUCACAAGGCAUUCAAGGACUACCUGGUUCGGAUGGAACUCCAGGAUCUCAAGGAGAAAAAGGUGCCGAUGGAGCCACUGGGCCGACUGGUGAAAAAGGUGACAAAGGCGAAAAAGGAGAUUCAGGAUCGAAUGGCGCAGAUGGCAAAGACGGAUCGCCAGGAAAAGACGGGCAAACUGGAGCAGUCGGACCUCAAGGGCCAAAGGGUGAAACAGGCGAACCAGGCACAUCUUACUCAUUCCCUGGACCUGCUGGAGAGCCUGGAGUUCCUGGGAAAGAUGGAGUCCCUGGUGCUAAAGGAGAAACAGGGCCUCAAGGACCAUCUGGCAAAGACGGAUCUAAUGGCGAAAAAGGUGAAAAAGGCGAAUCUGGUCCUCAAGGAGGAAAAGGAGAAAAGGGAGACCAAGGAGAAAAAGGCAGUGAUGGACUUCCAGGUGCGCCCAGCUAUGUGCCUGGUCCGGUUGGGCCUGUCGGCGCACCUGGAAAAGAUGGUCAGAAUGGCAAUGAUGGCGGUUCCGGUAAAGAUGGAAAAGACGGUGCUCCAGGCUCACCAGGCCCCAAGGGAGAGAAAGGAAGCGAUGGAGAAAAAGGUUCGACUGGUGAAAAAGGAGAAACAGGAUCUCAAGGACCGCAAGGCGAACCCGGAGUUGCCGGCCCACAAGGAGUUCCUGGCCCGUCUGGAGAAGUAGGCCCAGUUGGGCCAAAAGGAGAAACUGGCGCGACUGGACCGAAAGGACCUAAAGGAAACCCAGGCGUUCCAGGCCCUAAAGGAAAAACUGGGCCCAAAGGAAAAACGGGACCGGCUGGACCUGUUGCUUACGGAGAAAGAAGUUAUCCCGCUUCAACAGGCAUGUAUAUCCCUGUGGUAGCGGCGGCAUAUGGACCAGCAGCCAGCAGUUCCAGUUAUGGACAAGCUGUACCUCAGAACUGGUAUCAGUCUCCAGCUUACAAGAAGACCAACAAGUAUUCUUCAAACAACUCUGAAGAAGAAAGGGCCUAAAAGUGGACUGCAUCGUAUCCCAAUGAAUGAUUUUUUUUUAUUCGUCGUAUAUAUUCUCAAAUCACAAUUUCAAAAACAAGAUAAUAUUUAUAAUUAUGUGAAGACAAAUUUAUCAUUUCAAAUAAUUGCGCUAUUAAUUUAAAAAAAAAGAGCUGCUGUGCAUAUUCAAACGCAUCUUAUAACUUUUCAGAGUAAAAUCCUUUCUUAUUCAAAUAUCUUUCUUAUACAAAAUGUAUGGUAUAAUCUAUAAGUCCAUGCCCUAUCGUAAUCAUUAUUGACAUGGCAAAUAAAUUUAUUGACUCUUUAAA